AUGGAGCCCGUAUCUACAAGUGUGAGGCUUAAGGUGGCUGUGCUGUUUCUGCUUACAAUUCGGCUGAAGACAGAUGUGACGGAGGCGAUGGUGGUGACGUCCACGGGGCCACAGACCAUUCAAAAGGCCCAGGGGGAGACAGUGGUACUGGGAUGCGCCUACACCCCCGGCCUCCAAGACACAGGAGAUCUGGACAUUGAGUGGUACAACGUCAGCCCAGACAUGACACAGAAAGACAAACUGAUCUUAUCAUAUACAGGGGACCAGACGCACUACUACGACGACCCGGGCGUCUCCAAAAGGCUCAAGUUCGUAGGGGAUCCCAAGCUGGGAGACGCUUCCGUCUCUCUCUCCGAUUUGAGGCCCUCAGACACAGGCACCUACCAGUGCAAAGUCAAGAAGGCGCCAGGUGUUGACAUGAGAAAAGUCACUCUGGUGGUGAUGGUUCCUCCGUCAUCGCCAAAGUGUUGGGUUGAAGGCGGGGAGGAGAAAGGUGGCCCGGUCUCCCUCCGCUGUAAAUCUUCUCACGGAUCCACUCCUCUCACUUACACAUGGAGCAGAGAGAGCGGCGGUGCAAUACCAGCGACUGCAACCCAAAACCCACAGACUGGGGAGCUGUUGAUAACGAACCAUACAGACGGAAACGUCGGAACUUAUGUGUGUGUGGUGACAAAUGCUGUGGGCAAAGGACAGUGUAAAUAUGCACUGCAUGCAUACAACCCUACCAAUAAGGCGGGUGUCAUAGCUGGUGCAGUGAUAGGUGCUCUCUUGCUGCUGCUCCUCCUCCUGCUGCUCAUCUGGCUGCUGGUCUGCUGCUGCCACAAGCGUCGCUACGAGAAAGAGGUCGCAAAUGAAAUAAGGGAGGACGUCCCGGCCCCGGAGAGCAGACCCUCCAGCAGAAACUCCAGUUUCCGCUCGGUGAUGGCAUACCGCACCCACCCCGGGGUGCAAUACAGCUCCGUGAGGAACCAUCCCAGUAUACGAGAAGCAGGCCGCGGUGGCGGCAUCUACGCAGGCCAGAGUAACGGCACGUCGCAGCCAACUACUGCUGCUCUCAAUUACGACCAUCGAUACGGAUACGCUGUGUAA